ACCUAAACAACUUGGGGACUGAGUAGUGGAGAAAGGUUGAGUUUUGAAGCGGCAGCUUUGUGAAUCGCUCGAACAAUGCAAACAACAAAUUAGUGGAGACCCAUUGCAGUUUGGAGUAAUUUGUGCCUGCAGCAGGGUGUGGAACCAGCUAAGCAUCCCCAGAUACUGCGCGCUGGGUGUCUGCUGUUGGGCAUGCAGGGCAAGCGUCUCCCAUGUGCCUGAUGCCGCGGCUGUGGCUGCGGGCAAUUCCGUGCGCUAUUCGGGCCGAGAGCGACGGACGAUUUGUGUUUGUGGAUCGCAGAGCUGGAGUACCUGUUCGUGCACUAAAGCUUGGUCAUGGCUCCUUUUCCAGUUCAUGCUGAUGUCCCUGCCUUGCUUGGGCUUUCUUCUCUCCGUCGCUGGCUUCGCUUUCGGAUGGUGUUACCAUUAAUGGGUCAGCUGUUGAUGCAUUGUGAGCCAGCUAAUCGGGGGCCUCUUACGCUGUUGUGCUGGUUCCAGCUUCGCUGUGCUGAGAAAGGGUCAGCCCUGUGGAGGAUGGAAAUGGCAAGUUGGCGAGAAGGAUUUAUGAAUCGCCGGGCGAACCACCACCGUCCUCCUGCCCCCUUCUCCUCCUCCCCUGUAUGUAUGUACGUAAGGUUCCUGGCUUCUGAAUCCCCAAUCAUAACAAGAACCAUCCUGCUGCCGCUGCCGCUGCCUCUCUCUUUUCCCCUUCUCAUUUUCUCUAGCGAUCGAUCAAGAUUGAAGCGAGACAGAAGGAAGAAGAAAGAAGAGGAGGGAAGAAGAGAGCAGGAUCAGCAGAGAAGUUGUCGCUCUGAUCGGUUCUUCAGCAGGCAUCAUCGUUUUCUAAUGGCCGGGACAGCGGCAGUUCCAAAGUUCGGCUCGUGGGACGCCGAGAACAUCGGCUACACCGUCUUCUUCGAGAAGGUGCGCGAGAACAAGACCGCGCCGGUGCCGGCCACGGCGGCGGCGGCGCCCAAGGGGCACGACGACUACGAGUUCGACCCCUACGAGCACUACGAGAACCUCAGCAGGAAGGCGGCCUCGCGCCCGGCGAGCUCGCACGGACAAAGCCACGGCCACGCGGCGCCGGCGCAGUACUACGACAACCCGAGCAGGAACGCGCCCUCGCGGCCGGCAAGCUCGCACGGCCAAGCGGCGCCGGCGCAGUACUACGACAACCCGAGCAGGAACCCGCCCUCGCGGCCGGCGAGCUCGCAGGGCCACGGGCACCCGGCGCCGCAGCAGCACUACCCGGGGCAGCACGGCAACGGUGGCUACCACCGGCGGAAUGGGAGCAACGGCAGCAGCGCCGCAUCCGAGGUCAGCAGCCGCGGCAGCAAGUUCUCGCCGCCCAGGCCGUACCAGCCGCGGUACGGCAACAACAACAGCGGCGGCAGCUACCCCCAGCCCCAGCAGCAGUACGCCGCCCCAGCGCCGAGGCACCACCAGCAUCAGCACGCCGCGCCGGCGCCGAGGGUGGCCGCCUCCCCGCCGCGCCACGCGCCCCCGCCGGUGAACGAGCGCCGCCCGGGCCAGGUCCGUGCCGCCAAGGCCCCCUCGGCCGUGCCCAGGUUCGGCGUGUGGGACGAGCAGAACGCGGCGCAGGGCUUCACGGUGCAGUUCGAGAAGGUGCAGCGGCAGCGGGAGGUCGCCAAGGUCGCCGCGCCGGAGGUGCCGCCGCCGAGGCAGCAGCUCUCGCCGGACCGGGCGGCGCCCACGUGGGGCCGGCCGCUGAGGAAGCCCAAGAAAUCCUUCCUGUCAAAGGUUUACAGGUGCCUGUUCCCAGUGGUCAGACACUGAUCGAGCAGCUGGAUGAUAAUAUUAAUCCAACCUUAAGGAGUGCUAUACUUUUUGAUCGCAUACGUGUUUUCAGACAGGAACUCUGUACUGUACACAGUAUUUCAUUUGUUCAUUUGUUUUUCAUCAUAUAUAUAAUCCAUGUAUAUCGAUAAAUCACAGCAAGAUAAAAUGACUCGGCGUAUUUACAUA